UUCACGUAAACUCUGGUGGUAAAAACAUGAAACAGACAUUGACACAUUGACUGCAUAAAUAUCGGGCGCAACACGUGAAUAAUACUAAAACUGAAUAAAAGCGCGAUGAGAAAGUCUUGUAGAAAAAUCGAAGAUUGGUUACGAUAAGGCUGACGCAAUUUAGUACAAAAGUUAAACGAUUUCCCAUAAAAAAAGUCAUUGGCAUAUCUUGAGAUAAGUUGUAGCCCUCGGUAGACAACAGGAACUAGUCAGAAUGCGGCUCAUAAUUAUUCUCUCUUGUUUGUAUUUAUUGCCGGCAAUUUUCGGUGAUGAUGAAAAAAAUGAAACAAUAUUUGUGCCAACCCGGGAAUGGCAAGUCGUCAAGAAAGGUACACCUAUCCCUGAAGGAUUGCAUGUACGAAUCAAUUUUGACAUUGGAGUCACAGAAGCCAAAUUGAUGGACAGCGAUGAAACAGAGGAAAAGGAGUCUAGUGAAAAUUUGAAUUCUCAUUCCAAUUCUUUGACGUUGCACCCUGAAAAAGCAGUACCUGAAGAUGAAGAGCAAUCAGUUGUUCCAGAAAAAUCAAAUUUGUUUGAUUACCAAUUGGAAGAACUGAAGGCAAGACUGAAGAAGAUUAAGCAGGAUGAAGCAGAAUCGCUUUCAGAAUCAAAUGAAGAGCAUACCAAAAAGGUGAAGCAAAUGUUUCGGGACUAUAAGACCUUGAAGAAAGAACUGAAAGAUUUAGAAGUUAAUAUUACAACUGAUUCAGAAUUGCUGAGUAGUUACUUUCAGAAGUUUCAACCUCAUAAAAAUGCAAUCACCAUGGGAACAUUAAUGCCUUUGGAAAUAGAAGAAGUAUUAGAUAUACUUCAGAAUUUAGAAUAUCUACUUCAUCAUAUUGACAAUGCUAUAGUUUUUGCAGAUAUGCAAGGUAUGACUAAAGUUAUAUCUCCAUGUCUGAAUGGUACAAACAACGAAAUAAAAGCUGAAGCAUUAAGACUUUUGGGUGCAGCUGUUCAAUCUAAUCCUAAAGUUCAAUUGAAAGCAUUGGAAAGUGACUUUGUCCAGAAGAUUUUACAUAUAUUGUCCACGAAUACUCAGACAGAAGUGAAGAGCAGAUGUCUCUUCGCUCUGAGUGCCUUAAUUAGACAAUUUCCAGCAGCUCAGAAUGUUUGGAUUAAUCAUGGCGGAUUGGAAAUAUUUGGAAAAAUUCUGGUCAGUGAUCAAUUACAAAUACAAAUAAAAGUCAUAAAACUCAUCAAUGAUCUAAUUAUUGAGAGGCAAAAUUUGCAAGAUGUUUCUAAUCCUGAGCAGUCACAACUGAAAACAAAGGCAUAUACGGUUGUAGAUUUAGAACAAAAAUUAUUGGUAUAUGAUUAUUGUAAACACUUAAGUAAUUUAAUGAUAAAAAGUUUCAAAGAUGAAAUGAAUAAUCAGUUUAAAAUGAACAACUAUGAGUUUCUGGAAACUAUUUCCGAAAGUAUGAUCACCAUUGUACCUGUUUGCAAAUACCAAUUGAAAGGUAGUAAAGACUCGUUGCUUCGCACGAUACAGCAUUUAUUGAUCUUUUAUCAAAAGUUAGAUCCUAUUUUAGAACAAGAUGAUAAUGAAAUUUUGCAAAAUCUUAUUUCGUUGAUUGACAAACUUCAAAAUACUGUUUCCGAAAUUUCCCACGACGAAUUAUGAGGUGGGAAUGGAACAGUCGCGAGGGGGUACUUCCAGUAUUUUAAUUUAUAUUCUGAGGUUGUAAUUGUACAAAAUUGUAUACACAACUGAAAACCUUUUUCACGUGGAUAUAUUAAGUAUCCAUUGUUGUUUCAUCAAGAUUGUUACCAAACUUAUAAACUUCAUAUUGUUACUCUUUCAACGAUUACAGAAAUGUUUAGAAGUAACCAUUUCUACAGACAUGAUAAAUUAGUCAUUUGUAAAUAGGUUGCUGCACACUAUGAUUGUCUUUUGUAACGUAUGUAUGCGUAAUGUACCAUAAAACGAAUGUAUGUGGAUCGUAGUGUAAUCUCUGUACAUAUGUAGCGUAUAAGACGUAUCUGAGUCAUCAGUUUGUAAUAACAGCGAACAGUUGUUACGUUUCUUGCGUUCUAAAAAGUGAUUCUUUAAUAAAUUAUUUUGUAUUGUUCA